AUGGAAUCCAUUGAGUCUAACGGCGCGCCCGCGUCCAGAGCCCAAACGAAGAAAGCUCUGAAUUUGUCGGAAUACAACACAUUCUUGGAAAGUAUCGCCAAAAGCAAAAAACUUGAAGCUGAAGAGAUUAAGCAUAAGUUAGCGAGCAGUGGCCCUCCAUCUACUACCAAAACAACGACGGCCGUCACAUCUGGUGCUGUGGGAAGACUUACAGAUCACACGAAAUAUACGGGUUCUCACAAACAGAGGUUUGAUGAAAGUGGUAAAGGCAGGGGUAAAGAGGGUCGGGUAGACAUCCCUAAAACUAGUGGUUAUGUGACCGGAUAUAAAGAGGAAACUCAUUGAAUGCAUCACACAUUUACUUAAUAUAUCUUAUAAAUGACAUAUUAUGCCAUAUAUAAACUAAACAUAAUACCAUAUAUUGUACCGUAUUAUAUUUAGAUGUUUGAUCCUUAAUAUCUGUUUUUGUGAACAAAUCAUUAUUAUAUCCUUAAGAUAUGCUGAAGUAAUUCUUUCAUACAAUAGCCAAACUGUUAAUCUUUCAGAGAUUUAUGUUAUUAUGUUUGUCAACAAUAAGAGGAAUGAAGUGAAAUUCACUGACUUUAACGCAUAUUGACGUUAAACACAGAAUAUAUUGAAACGAAUUUAAUUGAAAAUUUAUCAAAUUUAC